AUCUGUUCGGCUUUGUUCGGUAUCUGCUGUUUUGAUUUUUGUUCCGCAAAAAAUUACUGUAUUGUUAUGUUGCUACCGUAUAUGAAUGCAUAAAUAUAACGAAUUUAGUUUAUAUUUGGUUAACCGUUAACUGUUGGCUGUUCUCUGCGGUAACGGUCGUAGCAGUUAAGCUCAAGGUUCGAAUUCCUUUCUGGUCGUUCGGUGUUUGUUUUGUAACUUUUGUUUGGUGUUUGGCGAACUGUUAGGUAUUAAUCGUGAAGUAUGGAGACCAGCCGUGAGCAGCAUCCUUCAACUUGCACAACGCAGUACUGGCUGUACGAAAUGGACGAGCGUUUCCAUUACACGGAGUGCGAUGGAAAAUGGAUGUAUUUCUUCCCACGAUCCGUCAUCGAUGAUCGCUGGAAGGAAGCUGUCGAGCUCUACAAUGCAGGCAAACUGCCAGGCAUUGCGUCCAUGAAAGUCAGCACAGCGGUACCGAAUCCGCGCGCCAGCAGCAGCUCCCAUGUUCUCAUCUUCUACUGUGGCCCUCCGAACAACGAAGCCCGGGUGAAGGAAAUCGGUCGCAAACUCGUGGCUGCCUUUCCACCGCCUACGAAAAUCAUCUAUUAUAAAUCGGACGAACAGACUGAAGGAGGAACUCGUGCCACGGGGCAGAAGAAGAAUUCCAAAUACAGCUUGACGGACUGUGUUGUGCGUCCUAAUCAGGUUCGUGCUCGCGAUGUGCCAAGCAAGGACGGAGAAGAGGCCAAGAACUCGACGGGUGCGACUCGUUCGUUGGAGGGAGCACCGAAGGCCAACGCAGUCCGGGACGACGAGAAUGACGAUAUCGUGUUCAUUCAAGAUGUCAAGAAGGCAAAAACCAACUGACUGUUUUUUUUGCGUGGUGAGAAGUUGGAAACUUGGGGCGAUGGUAUACCGUGGAUGAUUUCGAAGGUCUUGAGUCGUUAGUUCAGUUUAGUCUAGUUGUUGCAUUGUUUUCCUCUUUCAGCUAGUACUAGUACGUCUUUUGUUGUUUCAUGUAUUUUUUGAUACGAUGAUAGGUGGAUUAGUUUCAGAUUCGGUCGAAAUGGUGGGGUUGCACCAUUGCAUUAGACUUUGUAAUCUCGGUCUCCUUUGCACAUUUUUUAUCGGGAUGUGAAACCUGAUUUCAGUGAUUUGGUAGUCGUGCAGCAGUGAAUUAAUUUUGAUUUUUGAAUCUAACCUGCUUUUGUUGCUAAUUGUUGGUGAUGGGAAUACUGAUUUUGGGGAUUUUUAUGACUAAUAAAAUCAAGUUUCAGGAAUGCAACCAGGCUGAACCAGCU